AGGAGUGGACAAAUCAAGAUGCCAGCUUGUCAUGACAGGAAAUAGUAAAUAUGAGAAAUGCUCUCUUUAUUUUGCCCAACCUUUGAAUCCAUCUCUUCUUCUCUGUUUUCACAAAAUCAUUUCAAGAAACAGAAUUACUACUUCUUAUUAUUACUUAGAAUCAGGCGCCCGUUCGGAUAUCUCACUUGAAAACUGUAGUUUACAAAGUUGAUGAAAUAGGAGAUACUUAUUAAAAUUGUAAUAGAAAGGAUCAACAAAGAUCAUUAUUGAGGAUGGCUUGUAGAGGGUGCUUAGAGUGCUUGUUGAAGCUCUUGAACUUGUUGAUGACUCUUGUUGGUUUGGCAAUGGUUGGGUAUGGGAUUUACUUGUUUGUUGAGUACGAAAAAGCAUCCAAUACUGCGAUGCAUUUGUCACCUGUGGGCAGUGAUCAAGAUUUGAUACAGCUCGGUCGACCCAUGUUCUUGGCUGUGUCUCUUUCGUCUAGUAUUUUCGAUAAUCUGCCAAAAGCAUGGUUUAUAUACUUAUUUAUUGGGGUAGGUGUGGUUCUCUUUGUUAUCUCUUGUUUUGGUUGUAUAGGAGCUGCAACACGGAACUUAUGCUGCUUGACUUGUUAUUCAGUGUUGGUGAUGUUGUUGAUCUUGGUGGAGCUGGGAUGUGCAGCUUUCAUAUUCUUCGAUAAAAGCUGGAAAGAUGAACUUCCUACGGACAAAACGGGAGAUUUUGAUAAGAUAUAUAAAUUUCUGGAAGAACACUGGAGUAUUGUCAAAUGGGCUGCUCUUGGUGUUGUUAUCUUAGAGGCUCUCAUUUUCUUGUUAGCCCUUAUGGUCAGGGCUGCCAAUAAACCUGUUGAUUAUGACAGUGAUGAUGAGUUCAUUGCACCAAGGCCACAAAUCAGACAGCCUUUGAUUAACAGGCCACCAGUUCCAGCUACAGGUGUACCUGUUGCUGGCAGCCUUGAACAGCGCUCUAGCAGAAAUGAUGCUUGGAGUACUCGUAUGAGGGAAAAGUACGGGCUGGAUACUUCUGAGUUCACAUACAACCCUUCAGAGUCAAACAGGUACCAGCAGGUGACCCCACAACCAGCAGAAGAAAGGAGCCGAUGCACCAUUAUGUGAUGAAAUUCUGGGUUUUGGGGAAUUCUUGAUUUGGUUGGCUUCUGAAGGCGAUUGCAUUGACAAUGGUGUGACAGCUUCAGAUUUCUCAGAUGAUGGUCUUAUAUCUUUUUUUGUUGAGUUUGUGUACAAUACACAAUUUUCAGGAGAUGUCUCAGAUUUCUUUAGAGAACCAAUGUUUUCCAAAUGCAUAACCAUUUUGUGUGUAAAAUUGGACUGGUACAACAGGGCUACUCAGUGAGUUGCAGCUGGGCAUAAACUGCUUAAGCAUCAAUUUUUUUUUUCUUUUGGCAAUCAUGAAGUCUUUUAACGUUUGGCCUAAGGUAGACAUGAAUGAAAGGAGCUGGCGACCAAUUUCAUGAGUAGCAAUCCUAAGCUAAAUGCAACUCUGCCCUGUACUUAUCUGUUCCUUCCCAUGUGAUGGAUGGCAUUAUUUUUGAGAGCAAAUUAUUAGCUGUUGAAGGCAGAUCUUCACGUCGUCCUCCCA